AUGUCGGGCACAAUGCCUGGCACAGACUCGACAACAAUUCCUUGGCACGCUGCUUACCCAGCUCCAGACACUGUGGCAAAGUCAAUUUGGCGAGAUGAGGUUCUGGACAUGAUGAAACACGGGACGAGGAAAUAUUUACUGGUAGACCUUCGCAGGAAUGAUCAUGAGGGCGGCCUCAUUCGAGGAUCCAUCAACUUGCCAGCACAGAGCCUAUAUCCCAGCAUUCCUACCAUUUUUCGGUUGAUCAAAGCCGCUGGGAUAGUCAAAGUCAUUUGGUUUUGCGCUUCUUCUCGAGGCCGCGGCCCCCGAGCCGCUGCCUGGUUCAACGAUUACCUCGCCAAAUGCGGCGAGACGGAUGUGGAAAGUUUGGUGCUGUUGGGAGGCAUUAAAGGCUGGGCAACGGCGGGCGACGAAUACGUCAGUUGGAUGGAUGAGUACGAGGCAUCAGUCUGGACAAGAGAAUAG